AUUUCAAAGAUUUCUCGGCGCAGCAACAGCGGGUCAGACCCCCGUAAUGGACACACCAACCGUUGAUAAUGCGGAAAUGGUUUAUAUUUCUUCUUUGGCAUUGCUUAAGGCAAGUUUGAAGAUGCAUUUAAUCAAAAAAUUAGGUCGUGCUGGGGUACCAAUGGAAGUUAUGGGCCUGAUGCUUGGAGAAUUCGUGGAUGAUUAUACUGUACGGGUAAUAGACGUGUUCGCUAUGCCUCAAAGUGGUACUGGUGUUUCUGUAGAAGCUGUAGAUCCAGUUUUUCAAACAAAGAUGUUGGAUAUGUUGAAGCAAACGGGACGCCCAGAAAUGGUUGUUGGUUGGUAUCACUCCCAUCCUGGAUUUGGUUGUUGGCUUUCUAGUGUUGAUAUUAACACCCAACAGAGUUUUGAACAAUUGAAUCAACGGGCUGUGGCUGUUGUAGUUGAUCCCAUCCAAUCUGUUAAAGGAAAAGUUGUUAUUGAUGCUUUUC